AGUAAUAAACAUGCAAUUUAAUUUGGGACGGAAGUAGUUAAACUUUUGAUGUAGUUUUUUAAUAUAAAAAUUUAUUUUUUAAUUCAACCAUAAAACCAACUUGAUGAAGUCUCUUGGUCCCCCGGUUUAAAGGCAAAGGUGACAUCCAGAGCUGCGAGAAUUACAGAGGCAUCAAACUGCUUAGCCACACCAUGAAGGUUUGGGAGCGAGUCAUUGAGUAUAGGGUGCGGAAAGGGGUAUGCAUCUCUGAGAACCAGUUUGGUUUCAUGCCUAGCAGAUCAACUACAGAGGCCAUUCACCUCGUGAGGAGGUUAAUGGAAGAGUAUAGAGCUAGGAAGAAGGACCUUCAUAUGGUGUUCAUUGAUCUCGAGAAGGCGUACGAUAGGGUGCCAAGGGAGGUCUUAUGGAGGUGCCUUGAGACGAGAGGAGUCCCCAUCGCGUAUACUCGCGCGAUCAAGAAUAUGUACGAUGGGGCUAUGACUAGGGUAAGGACCUUCAGGGGCGACUCUGAGUCAUUCUCGGUAGGGAUGGGGUUGCACCAGGGGUCUGCCCUUAGUCCUUUUUUGUUCGCUUUGGUGAUGGACGUCCUAACUCAAGGUGUGCAAGAAGGGGUCCCAUGGUGCAUGCUUUUCGCGGAUGAUAUUGUGCUUAUCGACGAUACACGUGAGGGACUAAACGAGAAGUUGGAACAAUGGCGCCUUGCCCUUGAGACUAAAGGGUUCAGAAUAAGUAGGAACAAGACUGAAUACAUGGAGUGUCGUUUCAGCGGCAGAGAAACAGAAUCAGAGGUGGAAGUCAGGAUUGACUCUCAUCUAGUACCUAAGGUAGACAUGUUUCGAUAUCUUGGCUCGGUAAUCCAGGCUGAUGGGGAGUUAGAUGGGGAUGUUGGACACCGUGUUGGAGUGGCUUGGGCCAAAUGGCGGUUAGCUUCAGGGGUGUUGUGUGAUCCGAAGAUUUCGCCCAGAAUGAAAGGCAUGGCACCGGUGGAAGAUAAGUUGCAAGAAGCGAGGUUGAGAUGGUUUGGCCAUGUGAGACGGCGGGAUGCUGACGCCCCUGUACGGAGAUGCGAGAGGAUUACGGUUAUCGAGGGAAGUAGGGGAAGGGGUAGACCCAGGAAGAAUUGGAAGGACGUGAUUAGGCAGGAUUUAGGACUUCUCAACCUGACUGAGGAUAUGGCCUUAGAUGGGAACCUUUGGAAAACUAGGAUUAGAGUAGUUGGAUAGGAGCUCGGUGUUGUAGAGGUUGAGCCGGGGGUCUCUUGGAAACAGCCUCCCUGCUUCCAAGUAGGGGCAAGGUCUGCGUACACAUACCCUCCCCAGACCCUACUGUAGUGGGAUCCAACUGGGUUGUUGUUGUUUUAAUUCAACCAUAGUUUUCAUAUAAAUUCAUUUGAAAAUAACUUUAGUCAAAUGUCGUACAGAAUAACAAACAACUUAAAAUGCGACAAAGAAAGUAUGAGAUUUUUA